AGCCCUAUUCCCCAAGGUUCUCCUCUUUCUGUUGUCUUCUCCAGCGGCGCUUCCACCAGAGGUUUCAGUUUCCGUUUCCGAUCUCCUUUGAUUCAUUGCAUCUUCAUCUUCUUCAAGUCGGGUUCCUGCAAGUUCUGAACCAUAAUCUGAACGCCGCUAGCCUCUCCGGGGUUUCCAUAAACCCUCUUCCUUUUAUUCUCUUCUUCUUCUUCUUCAUCGAUUUGCUGAGGCAUCGUGUCUCAGUCUCGGUUCAUUCGAGCUUGAAUUUUCGGUUCUGUUGCUGUUGUCUUACUCUCAGACUCGUCCCACUCCUCUCACUGAGUGAUUUCUUUAUUAUUUUAUAAGUUUGGGUGAAAACUGGUGCCGUUUUCCUAAUCUGUGAUGUGUCAAAGUUUUGUUUUAUUUGUAUGAAGAAGAUUAUGUUAGGUACAAGGUCUUUAAAAUGGCUUGUUCUGAGCUGAAAUUAUGAGCUUGUUUUUGGUUUGUAGAUUUGCUAGCAUUACCGGAAGCUAUUAGUUUCUGUUUGCUCCAGUGUUUGUUUGCAUAAAUAGCUAAUAUUUAUCCAAGUGCAUCAAAAUCAAGGAAGAUUAAAAGAGAGGGAAAAGAUGACAAAGAAGAAGAAGGUGCAAUGGUUCUGGAUGUGGGUGAUUGGCUCUGUCACAUUGAGGCUGAUUCUGGUGUACUUCCCUAGGAACCUCAACCUCUCUUCUCGCCCCGAAGUCUCCACUCCUCUCACAAGUCUUCGCCGCCUUGCUGAGGGUUAUUGGCUGAAGCGAUCAUCGAUGUCGCCAUAUGCUGGAUCCAUGUACCAUGGUUCUCCUUUGUUGUUGGCACUCCUCGGUCCUCUAACAGUUACAAGAAUUGAAGGGCAACCUGAUCAACUUCUCUGCAGUUUGGUUUUUGUGAUUGCAGAUGUGAUCAGUGCAACUCUCAUCCGUGCUGCCGGUAGAAGUCUUCAGGCAGCAUACAGUUCUAGUUUAAAAGUUCUUGGCCUUCAUCAGUUAUCAGAAACUUCAGAGGUUCUUCCUUCAGGAGAUUUUGCCGCUCUUGUAUAUUUAUGGAAUCCUUUCACGAUAAUUGCAUGUGUUGGUCUAUCCACAUCUGCAAUUGAGAACUUAGUUGUUGUGUUAUCACUUUAUGGAGCUUGCAAACGAUUAGCUUCACUGGCAGCUUUUGGAUGGGUUUUGGCUACACACUUGUCUUUUUACCCAUCAAUCCUUAUUAUUCCAGUGAUAUUGUUGUUGGGGUAUGGUCCUGAUGCUCCUCCUAGAAAGUUAUUCCAACGGAGGAUAAAACUUGAGGUUGGCAAUUCCUCCUCAAUUGGUAGCGAUCAUUUAAAAGAAGAGUUGAAGGAUCAAAGUAGCAUGCUAAAGGUCUUUGCAUGGAGGCUAGUUGUUCAUUUUUUGAUCUGGAUACUGCUGUGGUCAUCUUAUGUCUUAGUCUUAUGUGGCAUAUAUCUCCAAAAGCAUGGUGGUCUACAGGAGUUGUACAGAAGAACCUACGGUUUCAUCCUUACCAUACCAGACCUGUCUCCAAAUAUUGGAGUUUUGUGGUACUUUUUUGCCGAAGUUUUCGACUUCUUCAGAAGUUUCUUCUUGAUGGUAUUUCAUGGGAAUAUUCUGUUGAUGAUAAUGCCAUUAGCCUUACGGCUUAAUCACCGGCCAUGCUUUCUUGCUUUUGUAUAUAUUAUGAUUUCUUCCUUGUUGAAGUCUUAUCCUUCAGUUGGUGAUUCAGCUCUAUACUUGGGUUUACUUGGGUUAUUUUCUUAUGAACUCAAAGACAUACGAUUUUCUUUCUUGCUGUUUGCUGGUUAUGUUGGGGUUUCACUUCUCAGCCCUGUGAUGCACAACUUAUGGAUAUGGAGGGGUACUGGGAAUGCAAACUUUUACUAUGCAACUGCAAUUGCUUAUGCCCUCUUCCAGGUUGCUUUGGUGAUUGAGUGUGUUAAUUGCAUGCUUAAUCAUGAUAGAAUGGUUACAAAGCUAACUACUACGAAGCUUAAAGAUGCCAAAUCUUGAUAAUGAAGAAGUAUGAUUCUGUGUCCACUAAGCUUCAAUGGGAUGUCCCUGGUAGACUAUUUCAAUGGUGCAAGAUUGUGCUCUGUUCAACUCUUAUCAAACUAUGUAUUUGCAUGGAUGCAAGCGUUUGUAACCUUAGUUAGAAUUUGAACCAAAGGCAUUUUGGAAUUAAUGAUAGGAUAUAUUACAAGGAUAUAAAGAAGAAUCACCGUGUCUUUUUGUAGUGCUGAGAAGUGAGAAGUGAGAACUGAGAACCUUUUUUUUGUGUGAAAAAAGAAAUUGAUUUACCAUAAAGUUUUGAUGGCUUUUCUAUUGAAUAGUAA